AUGUUCCUAUACAUGGUAGCCGAGCUCUCAGCUCUACAACAAAUCGUCACUCUCCUCACCGGACUCAACGGCCUCCCCGUCGUCAUCGUCGAAUGCGCCGUCACCACCAUCUACACCUCACUCGGCGGUUUCAAAGUCUCAUUCGUAACCGAUAACAUCCAAGGAGUGAUGGUCAUCGGUCUAAUCAUCAUGGGCGUCAUCGCCGUAGGCGUAGAAACAGACAUCGACCGCUCCCUCAUCGACCAAUCCGGAUACCUCGAGUCCAGCCUUCUAGGCUGGCAACUCAUUUACAUUCUUCCCGUCGCCAUCCUGUCAAACGACUUCUUCCUCUCAGGCUUCUGGAUGCGCACUUUUGCUGCUCGUACUGACAAAGAUCUUUGGAUUGGUGUCUCGCUGGCUAGUGUGGGUGUGCUGAUUAUCCUCACUUUGCUGGGUGUCGGAGGUAUGCUUGCCGCAUGGUCUGGCGCGUACACGAUCGGUGACGAAGAAAACGGUUCCCUGGCUUUCUUCUUGUUGCUAGAGCGGCUGCCGGCAUGGGUCGUCGGCGUCGUUCUUGUGAUGACUAUUUCACUAUCUACCGCUGCCUUCGACUCCUUCCAGUCUGCUAUGAUCAGCACGGGAAGCAACGACUUCUUCCGCAACAAGCUCAAUAUCUGGAUUAUUCGCGCUUGCGUUGUUGUGAUCAUCAUCCCUGUCGUGGUCGUCGCUCUGCGCAGUCCGGAUAUCUUGCAGAUCUUCCUGAUCAGUGACCUGGUUAGUGCGGCGGUUGUGCCUUGUCUUGUUAUCGGGUUGAGCGAGAAGUUUUACUUUUACCGCGGUUUCGACUUUGUUGUUGGUGGUCUCGGGGGUAUCUUUACCAUCUUCCUGUUCGGACUCGUAUACUACGAUGGCGAUGUGACGCUUGCUGGCAACUUGCUGUUACUCGAAGGUGGAUUGUAUGCCAAUGACUGGAGCGCUUUUGGCGCUUUCGUAGCAGCGCCCUUUGGAGGUCUGCUCUGGGCUUUCGCUGCUUGCGCUCUUCGCAUUGGUUUCCUUUGGGUCAAGGCCAGGGUUCAGGGUCGUCGUUUCGAUGCGUUUGAUCGACCCAUCCCACGGAACAUCGAUAGACCCGGUGCGUUUGACGACCAUGAUGGUGAGGCUGUGCUCGAGCACAGCAGCGUGGAGACUGGCAGUAAAGGGAAGUUCUUCUAA